GGCCUCCAUGAACUCGUGACUUUCUUUUCCACACACUCGCAGUGUGGUUUUGUUGUUUAAAGUACACAUUUACACUAAAUACUUUUUAGAAAACAUUUCGUAAAAAGGAACGUUUUAUUGUAAAAGCGAAAGAGCCGAAAAUCACAACUGGCCUGUAUGUGUAGGCCCUGUCCUCGUGACCUUGUAAUCCCAGAGUUUGGGGUCCGACGUCACUCAAAGUCAUAGACCUUUUCUCACAGUUGGACAUCUGGGAACUUCUGUAGGCCUACAUUAUGGAAUAGCACAAAGGUCCUUACCAAAGAUGGCAAAGAGGUUUCUCACUCAGUGUUCCUUACAAGCCCUCAGCACCUGGUUGGUCGGGCAGUCACGGAGGUUUUCAUCCCAGGGUCUUCCAAUCCUGCUGUCAAAGUUUCAGGACACGGGGCGGUCUGCCUGUCAGCCUAGAUGCGUCGACCGUCACUUCAAGAAGUCUCUCCAUUCCUCGUCGGCCCUCCGGAUGAGCGACUGGGUUUAUACGGAGGAUUUGAGACCUGAACUGGACAUGGACGACAUCUGUGACAAUGUAGAAAAGAUUGCUGAGAACAUCCGCCGUCGAAAGGGAGAUGCUGACGUGCACGAAGUGGUGGAACUCUGGAAAAAGUUGAAAUAUUUGGAGAAGGAAUUGAAUGACCUCCAAGAUGAAGGGAGUUCUCCUGCUCUGGCAAACCACCUGGACCUUUUGAAGACACAGAUUCGGGAAACAGAGGAUGUUUUCUAUCAGUCUGCUGCUCGUCUUCCAAACAGGACGCAUCCAGAAGUGCCAAUGGGAGGAGGCGACGAACCGAGAUUGGUCAUGCUCAUAGGUGAGAAACCGAGUUUUAAUUUCCCAAUAAAGAGUCACGUUGAGUUGGGAGAACACUUGGACAUCAUCAGGAUCAAGAAUUUGGGUCACGUGACGGGUCACAGGUCAUAUUUUUUCAAAGGUGCAGCGGCCAUGUUGGAGCAUGCCCUCAUCUGCUUUACAGUGGACAGGCUUCUAGGCAGGGGAUUCAGGGCAAUAUCAGUGCCUGACCUCGUGCAUCCAAUCGUGUUUGAAGGAUGCGGAAUGCGCACAAAAGGUCUUCAUACCCAGGUGUACCAGCUGGAUCACAGGAAACACAACAUGGACCUGUGCCUAUCAGGAACCGCAGAGGUCGGCAUAGCAGGGUAUUUUAUGGACACGGUGCUGGAUGUUGCCGAGCUGCCUCAGAAGAAAUUUGCCAUCAGCCAGUGUUUCAGGGCUGAGACAACUCACAGUGCGGAGGCAAGGGGGCUGUACAGAGUGCACCAAUUUAUGAAGGUUGAAAUGUUCUGCGUAGCUACUGAGGAUCAGAGUGAAUACAUCUUUGAUGAAUUGAUCGCAAUCCAGCGAGAUCUCUUCACCGAGCUUGGUCUUCACUUCCAAGUAUUGGACAUGCCAUCUCAUGAUCUUGGAGCACCAGCAUAUCGAAAAUAUGACAUAGAAGCCUGGAUGCCAGCAAGACAGAGCUAUGGAGAGAUAUCAAGUGCCUCCAACUGUACAGACUACCAAAGCCGAAGGCUGAGGAUCAAGUACAGAUCCAAGGAAGGUGACCUCAGGCAUGCGUAUACUUUGAAUGGAACGGCCUGCGCAGUACCCCGGGUCCUUCUCACACUGCUAGAAUGCAACCAAGAGAGGGAUGGGAGUGUGUCCAUCCCCAAGGCUUUGCAGCCGUACAUGAACGGGAAGACCGUCAUCACCAAACCUCCCGGUGGAUUUCUGCAUCACACAAGACUCUGACCCCUCUUAGUGUGUGUUGGAGGACGUGCGCCAACCUUGCCUUCUUUUGUGUGUACCUACAGUACAAAGGAGGUCCACAUAAUGCAGGUUGUGUGAAUCUUGUGAGGACUAAGUCAGGUCCAGUUGGUGGUUUUCGGGAUUAUCCAUAGCAAAAGGAGGUGAAAAUCACCAACUAAAAUCCAGCUGAAAAUAGUGUUCUCAACACAAGAAAAAUGAGUAUAACCAACAAGGUUUCCUAACUACAAGAAACGAAAGGAAUGCCUAUGCUAGGUGUGUAUGGCAGAACAGGUGUUAAGAUCAUUUGAGAGGUUUGGCAAAUUCACAUCUCUUCCGGAAGCAUACCCACCAAGUUUGAUGGGGUCUUUUCAAAUGUUGCAUCCAUGUUCCGAAACACACCAGAAAUGACGAACUUGGCCAUCUGCACACAGAAAUGCAGAACAGAUCUUUCCUCUCAACUGAAGCUUUGAAAACCACCUAGGCCCACAUCUGUGAAUGAUUUCAAGACAAAAUGUACCUCUGUGUGCGUUACUUGACAAAAGUCUAGGUCUGGGCGACAAAAUUUGUAACAUUUUUGGAAGUUUGCGACCACAGUACAGUUACAAGUGAGGAAACACUUAGCUGUCCUUCAUUUCUAAGUGUCACCCCUACGUAGUCAUUAGUGAGGGAAACUAUGAAGUACUAUCAAGGGUUUGCAUGGCUGCCAUCUUGCAGGCCAGUGCUUUUGUUCUACAGGGUAAACACAAAGGAGGUAAGAUGGCCACAAUGCAAAGCCUCUAUCACAGGACACCAUAGUCGCCUUUUAAUUUAGCCUUUUAUGGUCCUGCCACUAGAUAGUAAAAUACAGAGAAAUUAAUAUUAAAUUAUUGGUAUAUACAUAUCCAAUUUACGGAUGAGAAUGAACCAUGUACCCCCAUUUUCCAUUUGGCAUUUUGGAAUUUGAGUGGAUAAUGGGUCCAAUCACAAGACCUCAACAUACCAUUUGACCUCACAGAUUUCCCAAAAUCGGCCACCAUAAUGUGUACCUCACCCACGUGUUUGACAAGCAAUCACAUCGUACAUUGAAAAUUAGACAGUGGUACUCAUUUUCAUAUAAAAUAACAGUGAAUGUUGUAAGAAAUGUCACCACUUGUGUUGUGUGCUUGCCAUCAUUCCGAUCCAGUACCACAAAUUGGUUCUGCAUUUUUCUUGUGCUUUUGCCAUUGAUGAAGCUUUGAAAGCCCGCCUACAAUGCAAACAGUAAUGAAGCGUGGCACGGCAAUCUUUGCCUAUGACAAUGGCAGAUGCAUGUCAGGUCACAUAGGUCAGUGACAGCACCCUAUAUCCAACUUGUUUGCUCCAAAAAUGAAAAAGUCAUAAGACAUAAAGACAGCUGUGCUGAUUGAAACAUUUAAUGUACCAUACUUGUAUGAACAUUACUCUUUUAAUAAAUAAGAUUCACGUUUCAUGAUCUCGGAUAACAAUUUGACAAGAUAAAAAAAAUAAACAAGUUCAAGUCUGGCAGGAAGAUGGCAA